CUACUGCAUCGGCGUCUGGUUGGGCAGCCCAUGGCAGACUUACACUUGCCGGCGCUGACCGAGCCCGGGGACCCACUGGUGCCGGCGCUGGCACCCGAGCCCAGCGCCGAAUCCCCCGACCUCCACCCCGACGGCCUGCUGGGCGUGCUACGUACCCUGCCGCCCGACACCCUGGCCUCCAGCUUCUGGGGCUGCCUGGACGGCGCCAGCCGGCGCACCUUCCGCGCCUCCUGCCGCGAAGCGGACGCCUGGGCCCGCACCUGCCUGCUGACUCACCAUGCCACAGUGCAGCUGAACGCACACUACCUGGAGGCCCUGGGCUGCUUGGGCCGGCCGCUGCUGGAGCACCUGCCGGCGCUGCGCUCGCUGACGCUGCGGCAGGCCACGGCGGGGCGCAAGCCGCUGCCGGCCGAGGUGGUGGCGGCGUGCCUGGACCUGUUGACGCCCCAGCACCGGCGGCGCCAGCAGCCGCAGGAGCAGCAGGAGGAGAAGCGGCAAGGAGCUGAAGAGUCGGGAGCUGAAGAGUUGGGAGGCUGUGGAGAGGGAGCGGGGGUCCGGCCAGCGGCGCUCGGCGAUGGGGUCGGCAUCACCCGGGGAGCAGGCGGCGGGUGCGUGCGGCGGCUUGCGCUGGUGGGCUGGCCCUCUCUGGAGGUGGCGCAGUUGGCGCUGGUGGCGGCGGCCCUGCCGCGUGUGGAGGAGCUGGAGUUGGUGUGCAGGACGCGCGCCUUCCCGCACAACUUCGUGGCGCCCGGCGAGCUGCUGCCGGCCCUGCCCGACCUGCUGCCGCGGCUGAGGCAGCUACGGCUGGCGGGGCUGGGGCUGCAGCACCAUGCCGCUGCUGCUGCCGCCGCUGCUACUGCUGCGGCCAUCCCCGAUGGAGCUACUGCUGCGGCAGCAGCGGCGGCAGCCGGGCCCUACUCAUCAGCGGACGGCAGCCAUGAAGCCGGCAUCGGCGGCGGAGUCGCCACCGCUGCUGCCGCCGCCGCAGUCGCACCGGCACCUACUGCUGCCGGCGGCCUGGCCGCUCUGUCGCGGCUGCGCUGCCUGACGCGGCUGCAGCUGAGCACGGUAGACCUGCCGCGGCGGCUGGCGGCACAGCUGGGCGGGCUGACGCAGCUGCGGGAGCUGGAGCUGGAGCUGUGGCUGGUCAUGACGCCCGCAGACGAGCUCAGGGGCUGGGCGCGGGCCGUGGGGCGCGGCGUGGGGGCGCUGGCCGCGGCCGCGGCCGCGACCGCGGUGGCGGCGGCGCCAGGAAGGAGGGAUGGAAGAGGAGAAGGGGCGGCGGCGGGGCAGCUACGCAGCCUGCGGCUGCAGCUGCGCAAUUGCGUGGAGGAGGUGGGCAGCGAUGAGGAGGCGCGAGCGGACGAAGCGGACGAGGAUGAGGAAGCGCAGGCGGCGGAGGCGCUGGAAGCGGGAUGGCGCGGCGCCGCCAUCGGGCAUGCCGGCCGGGGUCAGGGCGCGUCACGUGACGGCGGCAGCCUGAUGGCGGCGCUGCUGGCCGCGCUUGCGACCGCCGUGGAGCGGGGGCGUCACCGACACCGCCCUCCGCACCAGCACCAGCAGCACCAGCAGCACCAAGGAGCGUCGGGUGGCGGUGCCGCUGCCGCCAGCGGUGCGCAUGGCUACGGCGGCGCACCCGGUGACGGGAGUGGGAGCGGGCUGCAGCUGCUACAGCUCCCCGGGCACAGGGUGGGUGCGCAGGACUGGCUACAGCUGCUGCGGCUGCCGGGGCUCAGGCGUGUGGAGGUGGCUGGACUAGACGGGGCCUUCCAGCCCUGGAGCGCAAGUGCAGGUGGUGUUGCUGCUGGGGGUGUUGGUGCGUUCGGGUGCUGGGACACUUGGGCGCAGCCUGGUGGGCAACGCGAUGGUGCGGCUGAUGCGGCUGGCAUAGCUGGUGGCAUGGAUGGCAGGGGGCGAGGGCUGCCCGGCGUCGUCCACGGCGGGUGCCCGUUUGAGCUGGUGUUCGUGGAGGAGGACGUGGAGGAGGAGGACUAGGCGGUGCGAGGGGGCGAGGCAGAGGCCGAGCGGUCAGUUCCAUGCAGAGCUCGGCGAUUUGGAUACCUGCCCC